AUGCCGAUCAGUUACAUUGAGCCCGGAGACGAGCUGAAUCCGAUUGACCCAGACAACUUCGAGUUCGUGGGUCCCUCUUCCACUGUAGGAAGGUUUCCAACUCGCCAUUCCAAACGCAUGAAUCCCUUCCCAGAUCUGAAUACUGCAGGGUCACAACGCCGGAGGGGUGGAAACUCUCCUAGAAGAGGAGGCAGAGGAGGAAGAAGGGGCAACAGAGGUGGCCGUACCCCAGUUAGGCAAAACCCACCAAGAGGCUUUCAUUUGGUUGAUGAGGACACAGAUGAUGAAGAGGAAGAUCCCACCUUUGCAGAACCAGAAGCCCAAGCUCUCUCCUCAAGCUCCACUGAGUCUUCAUCAAACGACUCACCUCCACCAGCAUCAACUCACGGGGAGACAUCUCAGCCUAAUAUGGCAGCAGCAGCUUCUCAACCAGAAGAUGUUGCUGCACAUGUUCCAGAAGAUGCUGCUGCACCCACCGUCUCAGCCAAUGUUUCUCAAAGUGCUGAUGAGGAUGCUGCUCCCUACCAGGAUGAAGAAAUGCCUGAUUUUUCAGGGAUGUCCUCUGCCGAGCAUGUUGACAUUCCCUCUGUUGAUGCUCAGGAUUUCACUACCACUAAAGAAACACCCUCAGCACCACAUGCAGACCCUCUGGAAACUCUUGCAGAAGCAGCUGUUCAAGCAGAUACAUCACCUCCUCAGGCUGAUGAACCAGAAAAAAGUGAUGACAGCUGGGAAGUUCCCCUUGCCACUUUUCGCAAAAAAUUGCCAUCCUCAGAGUCAGACAGUGACUCAUCUGAGGACUCCUCUCAGAUGCAGGAAGAUGCUGCCCCACGUGUUGCAUCACCUGAGCCAGCAUACAUCCCAGAUGAACUUGAAGACUCCCAAGAAGAGGAAUCCUCUGAGGAAGAAGAAGAGCCAGACUUGGAUGGAAAGGAUCUGUCAACUCCUUUUGAGCUUACUCACUCUCUACCUCAGAUCACUUAUCACCAGUCCAUGGUGGAAAUGCUUCGGAAAGCUCUUUCUGAUCAAAAAGGGGGAGAAAAAGUUAGUCAUGAAGUUGAAGCAGGGACUUCUCAUCCUUUGGAUGCCAGAGGCAGAGAGCAAGGAGUCAAUGAAGAAGGAGCAAAGAAUGAAGAAGAAGCUCAAGGAGCAGAGGAAAGCAGUGGAUCCAGUGCUGAUGAUGGAGGAGCAGCAACUGAUACUGAGGAGACUUUGGAUAUUCUACUCUAA